AACAAUUUCUCUUCUUCUUCUUCUUCAUCUUCUUCUUCUUUCUCUGUGCGCAACGCAUUUCGUGAACUUUUAUUUUCAUUUUGAAAAAAAGAAGAAUCGAACCCUUGCUUCGCAAGCUAAACACUGUUUCUCUUUAGGAUCAUUCUCAUUCUUGAAUAUACACACACAAAGCAAUCCCGUUUCGUGAGGAAACAACAGCCAUGGGGGAUGGCAAUGGCGUUAGAACGUUGAAGGAUUUUUCGAUUCCGGAUUACAUACUAUUACCCGGAACUGAGAUUCGAACUUCUUCCCAUGUUCCAACAUGUCCUGUGAUUGUCUUCAUUAAUACCAAAAGUGGUGGUCAGCUUGGAGGGGAGCUUCUUGUCACCUAUAGUACACUUCUUAACAAAAACCAGGUUUUUGAUUUGGGGGUGAAAGCUCCAGACAAGGUGCUGCAUCAGCUUUAUGCUAAUUUAGAAACGCUCAAGCACAAAGGGGAUAAUUUCGCUGCCGAAGUUCAGAAUAGGUUGAGGAUAAUUGUUGCAGGUGGAGAUGGUACUGCCAGCUGGCUUCUUGGGGUAGUAGCUGACCUGAAAUUACCUCGGCCACCGCCAGUUGCAACAGUGCCACUGGGGACUGGAAAUAAUCUCCCCUUUGCAUUUGGAUGGGGAAAGAAAAAUCCAACCACAGACAUCCAAUCAGUGGGGUCAUUCCUGAAUCUAGUAAGAUCUGGAAAGGAAAUGAAAAUAGACAGCUGGCAUAUUACAAUGAGAAUGAGGGCCCCAAAAGAAGGUUCAUGUGACCCGAUUGCACCCCUUGAGCUUCCACAUGCUCUGCAUGCAUUUCACCGUGUCUCUUCAACAGAUAAACUAAACUUGGAAGGUUAUCACACUUACCGUGGGGGAUUCUGGAACUACUUUAGCAUGGGAAUGGACGCCCAAAUAUCCUAUGCAUUUCAUUCUGAAAGGAAGUUACAUCCAGAAAAGUUUAAAAACCAGUUAUAUAAUCAGAGUGCCUAUCUGAAGCUUGGAUGUCAACAAGGAUGGUUCUUUUCUUCUCUGUUCCAAUCGUCGCGGAAUAUUGCUCAGCUGACAAAGGUUAAGAUAAUGAAAAAGCAAGGUCAGUGGGAAGACCUCCACAUACCUCGCAGCAUACGAUCAAUAGUUUGCCUCAACUUGCCUAGCUUUUCUGGUGGACUCAAUCCUUGGGGAAAACCAAAUAAAAAGAAAUCAGCUUAUAGGGACCUGACUCUUCCCUUUGUGGAUGAUGGCAUGUUUGAGGUUGUCGGUUUCAGAGAUGCUUGGCAUGGUCUUGUAUUGUUAGCACCAAAUGGGCACGGGACUCGUUUGGCACAGGCAAGCAAAAUCCGUUUUGAGUUUCACAAGGCUGCAGCAGCUGACUGCACAUUCAUGAGAAUUGACGGAGAACCAUGGAAACAACCCCUCCCUCAGGAUGAUGACACAGUUGUUGUUGAGAUAUCUCAUCAUGGUCAAGUGAACAUGCUUGCCACCCCAUUAUGCCGCUCUAAAAGUGUGCAUGACCCCUCCUCACCCUCUGUAGACCAUGAAGAAGAAGAUAGCAGUGAUGACGAAUCAUCAGAAAAUUGGGAAGAGCGUCGCAAGUUUGGUGCAGCUGAGACAUUCAAAUAUCCCGAUGGAACUGAUGAGGCUCACAUAAGUUAGCGUAGAGCGAAGUAGCAUUGCAUUGCUCCAUUCGGGCGUGGUGUGGUGGUUAAAACUUAGAAGGCAAUAAUGGUAGGAAGAAUGACAGGGUAGGAGUGAAAUAUUUUGCUUUUGUGCAUAUGAUUUUUCUUGCAUAUAAUUCUUAGUGUAUAGAACUUUUGGUGGGUUCGUGUACAUUCUGAAUGGAGACAUCAAUGGCCAAUGGGAUUGGAUUUGGGGGUAUUAUGGCAUGUGGUAUCCUCUGUACGUAUGUUUCAUAGGUGUUUCUUCAAAACCAAAGGGAAUUCAUCCAGUGAAACAAAAUAUAAGGUUUCAUGCGUUA